GUUUGUGACAAAUACAAAUGGUAAGGUGAGACUGAGGCUGCACCAUGAAUAAAGAGAAAUACACGCACAGAUAUUAUACAUUAUACACACAAUAUAUGUAGAAUUUGAAGGAUUUCUUUUCCCUUUUCUGUUUAUUUAAUGCCACUAUUAGUUUAGAAAAGUGGUAUUAACUAUUACCUGUUGGAUUGGUCUUUUAUGUUGCAUGUGUUUGGCUUCUCUAAAUCUACUCAGUCUAUGAUAUUAAUUUUAGAAGAUCAUUAAUAUUCUGAAUGUUAUGCUCUUCACUAUAUUAAACCAUAGGAAAAGAAGAUUACACAGUUGAUGUUGAACAACUUGAAAAUAAUCAUGGAGAUAUAAACAAUUUUAUAUGAAUUUAAUGGAAACCACUAUGAUGACGUUACAAACAGUCAUGUCAUUUUUAUAGGCAUUUUAUUGCAAUCAGCAGCACACUCAGUUUUAUGAAGCAGACUAAAGUUCUGGUUCAGAACCCCGUCUCUUGGCUAACUCUGUUUGACACAAAAUUUGCCCAAUAAGAGAAACAUUCUCUGCAAUCUCUGCUGCAAUAGGAACAGCAACUCUUGUGUUCAAAGGGUAAAAUUACUGCUUGUAGACGGUAAGUCUACAUGUCAGUACAUUUUAUACUGCUGUGUCCACCACCUCAGGCAGUGUCAGUGACCUGGACUGCAUACGUUGCCUCAUGCAGGUUGGGUGACCAGUUCUACAAGGACGCCAUCGAGCAGUGCCGCAGCUACAAUGCCCGCCUGUGUGCUGAGCGCAGCGUCCGCUUGCCGUUCCUGGACUCUCAAACCGGUGUCGCCCAGAACAACUGCUACAUUUGGAUGGAACGUCACCAUCGCAGCCCUGGUGUUGCAACCGGGCAAAUGUACACGUACCCAGCCCGCUGCUGGAGGAAGAAGAGACGACUGCACAACCCCGGAGAUCCACGCCUUGGCAUCUACGGUCUCCAACUUGAUGGCAGCCUCAUGUCCAGGGAUUCUUUACCCACCCAGAGCACUACGCUGGAGGCUCUGCUACGAGGAGAAGGUCUAGACAAGAGGAACAGCUCCAAGAACGAUGAGGAGAGCCUGCUGGAGAUCCAGAGGGUUCUGGAGGCAGAUGCAGCAGAAGACGCUUUUAAUGAUUAUGAGGUGGACACUCCUAAGAGGAGACAUCGGGGCAAAGGAAGAGGUCGGGGUUCAGGCCGCAGGAGGGCAGACCUGGAUGAUGAUAAGCCAUACGUCUGUGACAACAGAUACAAACAAAAGCAGAACUCAAAAUCUUCAACCUCAGUUUGUGCAAAGCGCUAUAGGAACCGCACAGGAUUAAGCUACCACUACACCCAUUCCCACCUGGCAGGGGAGGACAGAACUGGGGAGAGAAGCACGGUGGCAUCCCGCUCCCCCACUGCACCACAGACUGACAGGCACAAACGUCCAAAGGGUCCAGGUGGGACCAGCAUUCCCAACAACUACUGUCAUAAAUGCCAGGGCUCAAACAAGAAAACGGGUAAAUCUGGGUCUCCCUGCUCAGCCUGCCAAUUCACAACUGACUGUGGAGAGGAGAAGGAAGACGGGAUGUUUACUGGAGCUGAGGAGCUCUUCGGCACCACCUCAGAGAGCGACACUUCCACCUUUCACGGCUUUGAGGAUGACGAACUGGAAGAGCCUACAAACAGCAACGGGAUAUCCAGCCGUCACAGAUAGAGUGGACCUGUUAGAGCUAAACUGACAAUUUUUGUUUUUGUUUUUGUUUUGUUUUUUUUCCCUUUCCUUUUUUCUUUUUUCUUUUUUUUCGAUGGAUUAACCUCUGGCAAAAAAAAUCUGCUGCUUCUUUUUCAAUGUUUUUGUUUGCAGAAAGCACAAAGUCAUAAUUUCAGGACAGAAAUGCAAGUGGUAUUUUAUCUACUGAACAUUGUUGAAUAAUUUAUGAACACCUUUUUUUAUAUAAAUAUACAGUAUAUAUUAACUUUUAAGGCAACAAAGGCUGGCGGAGUUUCCUGACAAGUGACUGAGCAAAACAGAAGAUGUUUUUUUUGGAGUGUUUUUGUUUUGUUUUUUAUUGUUUUUUUCCCCCUUUCUUAAACAGAAGGAGCAACAACGUAUGAACAGCAACCACUGGACAAAUUGGAACAUUGAAGAACAGAAAUUUUUAAGGGCAUGAAUGAUGAGUUUGGUAGAUGACUGAAGACCUUACUUGCAUUUAAAGGACUACUGGAUGUUUUUGGAUCAGUAGUCUCUGUGACUUUAAAGGCCUCUUCCUCUGCUCACCCUCUGGAUUAACCAUACAAAUGAAGGAACCAAUCGAAGUCACAGGCCACUGCAAAUGUUUGGAUAAAGAAGCCGUUGUGGUCAUUACAGAAAGGGGAUGAUAUAGAAGGAGCAGUCAGCACAUUGGCAUGUGGCCCAGGCCUGGGAGGGAUGACCAGUGAAGAAGAGGAUUUAACCCUCAAAAACUAAUGAGCCUUCAUGUCCCUCCUGAUUUGGGCCUAAAAUAACUGACUGAAACGGAUGAAUAGGCAUCCAUCGCUUCCACAGGCCAUGUGGCUUAAUUGAAGCAACUGCUCCCUUGACAAUAUGUAUCGACCCUUUGUGAACAUUUGAAAUGUGAGCUUCCGGCUUCAUUUCAUCCUUUCUGCACUGUGCUGGAGCUUCUCUAUGAACUAUGGGAACACUAAAGGCCAGGCCUUUGGACUGUUUGUGCCCAACGGGCGCAUUUUAAGGCCCCUGAGGCCCAGCCUGCCCACUCCUGCUCUGUGACUGUGUGUCUGCUGUGUGAUCCGAUGUGACACUAAGACGUCAUUAUCCUCAUCACUGUGCCAGCCUGCCGCUCUGCACUGGAAACCAGCUGUGACAGCCAUGUCCCCUCCAAUCUGAUUGGACCAGUGACCCUCUGACCUGCAGCCAUAGAGAUGGUGCUCAAAUCCACCACUAUUACAUGCAGACCUCUGGACUACUUAAUCCCUUGACAUGGACACAAAAGGUUUUCUUCCUCUGUUUUUGCUUACUUUUUUCUUCAUUCUGAUCUCAGUGAUUCAACUCACUUCUUUUGCAUCUCUUCUCUAUUCUACAAUACUUACUUUCUUUGAGUUCUUUAAAGUUUAAUUAGUUUGACUUCUUGGGUUUGUUCAGACUCUACUGAUACCUCUGUCCCAAUCAGGUGCACAAUAGCCACAGCUACUCAGGCAUCUUUCAUUUCUUCUGCUGUUGAUUGUUCAGCUUUCUUAGUCCUGAUUUAUGUGAUUGUAUUCAGCUGAUGAGGAGAGACACUGACACCCACACAAAGAUCCCAUUAUAAUAAUCAAAACCCAGGAGAGAUUUUGGGAUACAGUAGUCUCAUGCUAUAGGAAAACACUGCAAUAACAAGCUUCAGCUUGGUCUGUCUUUUUUCUCCCCCCUUUUAACGAAGUGUCAACCUUGCCAUGCAAAACCUCUUUACUGUCUGUUUAAAGUUGACAGCCUGAGUAGAUUUCUUAUCUCUAAUGCAGUUAAAGUAAUAUAUCAUUGCUAGACAGUCAAAACUCUGCUGUAUCUGCUUAUUUAAUGAGGAAAAAAAAGCUGUAAAUCCAAGUUAUUUGUGACAUUUCUGUUGAGUGCUUUCAAGGGCCUAAUUGCUUUAUGACAUUUAGAGGGUGCUUCAAGUACUGUAUCAAAAAGCCGUUUAGGUCCAUAGGUUGCACACACUGUGUCAAGGUGUGUGUCCAUCUAUGUGAUUAUCCAGCACAGCUGCUCAGUUUUUGAAGCAAACCAUUAAUCAUAUGUGUCUGCUAUGACUCAUUUGUGUAUUCAAACCAUCUCUCCUCACUUCCCUCAGGGACCCUCCACACAGCAGUUUAUCUCCACAGGACAAAGAAUGCAUCUAAAACUUGUCCGUUAUCUCGUCGUCUUCCCUUGUAUCAGUUAUGUGGUGUUUCCAUAGUAAAAUGGUUUAUUGUGUCUCUUAUCCUGCAAAGUCACGCCAGUAAGUGAAAGCAUGUGUCAUAACCUGCUAAAUAUUUCUGUCAAAUAUAAACAGGCGCGCACGGUGCAGCUCUGAACAAAAGGAAAUGCUCUUACAUGGAAACGAUAGAGAUGACUGCUUAAAAUAAUGUUUUCGCCCAUCAAGAGCCUGUAUACCUCAUCAAAUACAGAGCAAUAGGCCCUGGUACUCUGUUGUCAAGCCUGCUGGGGGGUUGGGGUGGAAUGGAGCCAAGAGGAGAUGAAAUGGAUAUGACUGGGUGUUUGUUUUUCUUUUUCAUCUUCUGCUGUAAAUACAAUUAAAAAUGGAGAGAAUGAAGAAGUCUUUGUUUGUUAAACUAUUUUUAUUGUUCUGAAAAAAAUAAAGAAAAAAGAAAGAACGUA